UACAGUCCGUUUCAAGGACAUUUCCAUAAAGAAUGCCGUAGGGUAAAUAAACACAAGUUUACAAAGACAGAGCAUUAGCGGAUCCAAGACAGAGUUGAAGAAAUGCUGAAAUGGAACAUAAGCAAUUUUAGGUCCAACUCUAGACCACGUGAAUUAUCAGCUUAAUGGAAUUCUCCUUCUUAUGAGGAGGGGAAUGGAUGAGGCCGGUAGAGAGAAAAACAGAUGGGUGAGAGGGACAAAGAGAUUGAAGGCAGUAGAAAGGAGCCUCUACCUGGUGACUGCGAAAGAGACGGCUGGAAAGGACGGUCUGGUCCAGAUUGGUGCUCGUCUUGCUUUCUGCCGUCCAGAACCAAUAGGGAUCGUCUUCUGGGUCAGUUCAAACAAAGAUGCUUUCUGUGAGUUCAGUGUGUAUGCUCUCUUCACAGGAGGAGAAGAAAUAGAGAUGGGACCGGGAGCAUAUUUCAGCCUCUUCUUCUGCCUCCUUAUCUGGAUGGCCUCUGGCAACCCAGUGGAGACAGGAGAGGAAAGUGUGCCUGGCGAAGAACAGGAAGACCUGACCUACCUGCACGCUGAGUAUCAACUCCUUAGGAAUAAAUUAUGCCCCCAGAAAUGGACAAGUCGUGGCUUUUACUGCUACAGGUACUUCGACACACCCAGGACUUUCGAAGAGGCACAGGCUGAAUGCCAGAGCCAUGGCCAGCAUGCCCACCUCACGUCCAUCAUAUGUGCUGCGGACAGUGUCUUCCUCGCCGAUCUGGUACAGAAGGCUGAACAAGACAUCUGGAUUGGAUUGCGUAAUGUGGACGAGUGCAACUCUUGGGCCUGGACUGAUGGAACACCUUACAAUCCGGCGUACACCCCUUGGGAGGUUGGGCAGCCAGAUCUCUGCAACGUUGAUCACGUCUGUGUGCGGCUGACACAUGCAUCAAAGUACUAUAAAUGGAAUGACGAUCUUUGUCAUACCAGGUACAGCUACAUUUGCGAAAUGCCAUUUAAAUAUCGGGGUUGAAAGAGAUCUGAUUUCCGAUGCCCCCCGGCCUGGCAUCAGAGCUUCAACAGUCCUUUCUAUAAUGAAUAUCCCUCCGGAUUCCAGUCUAUCUCCUACUUUGCUUUCCUUUAUCCUGAUCAUCCUUGUUUCACAAUAA